AUGUGGGUUAUCAACUUUAACCAGUGUUCCCUAGUUGAAGAUGAUGAAGAUUGCAUAGACAGAAUGGUCAGGGCUUUCAUUUAUAACGAUCCCUACUACCCUCGGCCUGACCUGGCCGCGAGCGCCAAAUUGACCGACAGCAUAAGCCCAGCCAAGUUCAUCACAACUGUUUAG